UUCCUUCGCCAUCAACUUUGCAUAGCUAGCUAGUUCGUUAAUCUUCAAAGUAGUUGUGAGUUCAAUUCUUAAUUUUUCAACUAUGGCAGCCGUAGUUGCACUUGCUUUCGUCAUUCUCAUGUUUUCAGUUUCAUCUCCGGUCAGAGCACUGAGCUCAAACUACUAUGACGACACCUGCCCUCAGCUCGAGUCCAUUGUUACGAGUGUAGUCAAGAAAGCGAUGUCGAAUGACAGAACUGUUCCAGCUGCGCUGCUUCGCAUGCACUUUCAUGAUUGCUUUAUCAGAGGCUGCGAUGCUUCCGUGUUGCUGAACUCAAAGGGAAACAACAAGGCAGAGAAAGAUGGACCUCCUAACAUUUCAGUGCAUGCAUUUUAUGUCAUUGACAAUGCAAAGAAAGAGUUGGAAUCUUCAUGCCCCGGCGUGGUUUCCUGUGCUGAUAUCUUGGCCCUGGCUGCCAGGGAUGCAGUUGCUCUGUCUGGUGGUCCCACUUGGGAGGUGCCCAAAGGAAGGAAGGAUGGAAGAAUUUCCUUGGCAACUGAGACCAGACAGUUACCGGCUUCCACCUUUAACAUAUCACAGCUACAACAAAACUUUGCUCAGAGAGGUCUCUCCAUUGAAGAUCUAGUUGCUCUUUCAGGUGGUCACACUCUGGGGUUCUCCCACUGCUCUUCUUUCCAGAACAGAAUUCGCAGUUUCAAUGCCACCCUCGACGUCGACCCAACCAUGAAGCCGUCCUUUGCCGCCAAGUUAAGGAGCGUGUGUCCGGCCCACAACAAGGUGCAAAAUGCAGGCUCACCCCUGGAUUCUUCCACCUUUGUAUUUGACAACGCAUACUACAAGCUGAUUCUUCAGGGGAAGAGCAUCUUCUCUUCCGAUCAAGCUUUACUCACCACCCCAAAAACCGAAGCAUUGGUCUCUAAAUUUGCAAACUCCCAGAAGGCUUUCGAGAAGGCCUUCGUCAAUUCCAUGAUCAAGAUGAGUAGCCUUACCGGUGGGAAAGAGAUCAGGCUAGACUGCAGAGUGGUCAGGUGAGCUCAAAGCUAAUUCAGAGUUACCAAGGUUGUAGGCCAUGCAUCAAGUUAUCAUCUAGCCAGUUCUAUUAUUUGGUUAGAGUUAUCAAAACAAUAAGAGUGAGAGAAGCAAGUGUGUUAUUUGGCUGCCGUCGAAGAGAACGGAUAGGAAUUUGUAUUUGAAAUGUUAUGUAUCAUGUGAUUUAAUGGAAAAACAAAAAUCCUAGUGCUCUGUUUUAUUGUUUGCUUGA